AUUGAAAGAUUUAUCAAAAUAACAAAAAAAAAAACUUCACCACCGAAAGCAAAAAAAAAAAAAAAACAAUAUUUUGAAAAUGAAGAGCAUAUUUUUUAAGCUUUUGUUAUUGGUUUCUCUUCUAGUCAUUACCUUCCGACAAAACUAUGCAGUCGCGGAUUAUUGUGAUAGAGACGAUGACUGCAAGCCAGUAUGCAUGAGACCGUACGCUUGCAACUUGACCCGUCACGUUUGUAUGUGUCGUCCAAAUGAUGUCAGUUCUUCUAAACAACGUUGUAUUCCAGAACAUAAAGGUUGUGGAAGAGGACCUCCACCGCAUUGAUUGAAAUUAUAAUUGAAAAACAUGCAUGUAUAUGUUCUGAUAAAUAGUUAUUUGAAUAAAAUGACUAAAAAGUUAUUUGAAUAAAAUAUAAUUUAUUUUUAAGAAA